AUGAUGAAAGCUCAAGCAUAUGUUGAAGAGCAACAACAAAAGGCUGCAGCUGAGGCUGCAAAAAAGAAAGCAGAGCUAGAAGCUAGUCUGCACACACUGAAACUAGAGAGUGAGGCUGCAGCUGCCAUCGCUGAAGCUAAUGUUUUGGAAGCAGCUGCUGAGAAUGAGCUUGGAGAGCUAGAUAGUGCUAGCCUAAAAAAUGAAUAUGCUGAUCACAGGUACAUUGAGAAUCCGAGACCUGAGCCUUACCAAGACUCAAAGCCACCGGAACCCACAGCAACACCAAUGCGCCAGCCAAUAAAGGACAACGGUGAGACAGCUGAAAACAACAUGGAGGAAGGUAAAGACGAGUCAAGCGAGGUCAGCAACUAUGAACUCAGCUACCAUGUACCUGCUCAUCCAAUGUUCAAACAGGAGGAUGAUUCGACUCCAUAUCAUCCUCACGCUCACACUCAAAGUGUAUCCAGAAUUGACUCCCUGAAACGAGAGCGCCUGCACAGUUCAAAUCCACGCAGAACCAACGAACCCAGUUCUUCAUCUACAACUGAUCUGGCCAAGUACUUAAUUCGUCGAGAGAUGAUAAGCUCUGACGACAAGUCCGAAAUCCCAACGCCUGAGAUUGCCAGACACUAUAAACAUCUCAAGCGGGUUGUGGACAGGAUCCCAGCUCUCGACCGCUCUGCAUCCAUCCUUAUCCUGCUCGGCCGAGACAUGCCACGUGCACACAAGGUUCGAGAACAAUGCAAUGGGCCCCACAAUGCCCCCUAUGCCCAGCGUCUCGACUUAGGCUGGGUGAUCGUAGGAGACGUCUGUGUUGGAAGGGCCCACAAAUUGUAUUGUGCCAAUGUCUACCUGACUAAUGUGCUGAGUAAUGGACGUACGUCUCUGUUUGACCCUUGUACUAACAGUAUCCACAUCAAAGAGAGACCGGAUAUUCCAGUGCAUCGCCAUCACUUUCCUAACGAUAAUGAGCCAAAAGACCUGUUAGAUGAAGACAAUAGCCUUGGAAAAGGAGUCUUCCAGCAAACACCAGACGACGAUAAGCCCGCCAUGUCUGUGGAAGACCAAGCCUUCUUGGAAGUGAUGGACAGGGAGGUCUUCAUGGAUGACUCCAAUAUCUGCUCUCCAGGUUACUUUGGUCACCGCUGCAGUCAGACCUGCCCGCAUUGUGUUCACAGUAAUGGACCCUGUCACCACGUCACGGGACAGUGCGACUGUCUGCCGGGCUUCAAAGGGGCACUGUGCAAUGAGGUGUGUCCCAGUGGUCGCUUUGGGAAGAACUGCGCCUGGAGCUGCAGCUGCACCAACAACGGCACUUGCAACCCCAUUGACGGCUCCUGCCAGUGUUAUCCAGGAUGGAUCGGCAGCGACUGCUCCCAGCCUUGUCCACCUGGUCAGUGGGGACCCAACUGCAUCCACACAUGUAACUGUCACAACGGAGCCUACUGCAGCGCUUACGAUGGAGAAUGCAAGUGCACCCCAGGGUGGACCGGCCUCUACUGUACACAACGUUGUCCAUUAGGUUUCUAUGGGAAGGACUGUUCUCAGACCUGCCAGUGUAGGAACGGAGCAGACUGUGACCACAUCUCUGGACAGUGUACCUGUCGCACCGGCUUCAUGGGACUACACUGUGAACAAAAGUGUCCUCCUGGUUCGUAUGGUUAUGGCUGCCGUCAGGUGUGUGACUGUCUAAAUAACUCCACAUGUGAUCACAUGACUGGUACAUGUUACUGCAACCCAGGCUGGAAAGGGGCUCGCUGUGACCAAGCCGGUGCAGUGGUGGUGGGCAGCCUCAACAGUCUGACCAGUGCAGCCAUGCAGGUGGACACAUAUCAAAUUGGAGCCAUCGCGGGAAUCAUCGUCCUGGUGCUGCUGGUGCUCUUUCUCCUCCUCCUCUUUAUCAUCUACAGGAAAAAGCAGAAGGGCAAAGAACCCACAAUGCCGGCUGUGACCUACACUCCUGCUCUGAGGGUCACUGCUGAUUACACCAUCGCAGAUGCUCAUCCACCAACUUGUGAGGGUCACCCCAGCAACUACUUCUCCAACCCCAGCUAUCAUACUCUGACCCAGUGCAUCAGCCCCCCACAUGUUAACAAUGGUCCAUAUGGAAAGGCCAAGAGCAACCAGCUGUUUGUCAACUUGAAGAAUGUGGAUCAGAGGAAGAGGGCUCCUCUAGCUGAACACACUGGCACACUACCUGCAGACUGGAAACAAGGGGACUGCUUCAAUGAACUAGGAGCUUAUGGAGUUGACAGAAGAUACAUGGGGAAAUCUUUACGUGAUCUGGUGAAGGGCACACUCUAUCACGCCAGCUCCUGUUCCCUCAACAGUUCUGAAAAUCCAUAUGCUACGAUAAAGGACCCCCCCCUGCUCACAGCCAAAAACACUGAGUGUGGCUACGUGGAAAUGAAAUCACCGGCCAGACGCGAUUCACCGUACGCUGAGAUCAGUAACAGUAGCCCGACCACUAACCGGAAUGUCUAUGAAGUUGAGCCAACCGUGAGCACCAUCCAGCCAACUGAACACAGCAAUGGCCACGUUCAGUUUGGUCAGGAUCCAUACGAUCUACCAAAAAACAGCCACAUCCCCUGUCACUACGACCUCCUGCCAGCCAGAGAGAGUCUGUCCUCAGACCACAAGGAGCUGGACAGUGAAUGAUGGCACAGAGACCAAGUACUCCAGCUUGCAGCUCCAGCACUAGAUGUUCCAUAAACAGGCACACUUUAUACCCACAACAUACUUUACUCGUUUUCUUGCUGUUAUACUUUGACUUAUAUGUAUCACGACUUCUUUUUUAACUAAGUGGGUAUAUGAGACUUUGGAGGUUAGUGUUGAGGUACAGCUGUUCUUUUUUUACAACAAUUUGUAAACUGCGAUUAAGUCUUUGAAAGUCAUUCCACAUGUUUGGGAGAUUAGGCCUAAGUAUGCUUCGAAUGAAGCAGUUCGUACAAAGUGUCUCACCACUACUAAUGACAAAAGUGUUUCUACCUGUCCCCAAAUGGCCACACUCGAAGGCAGCCUGAAAAGCCUCCUGUCAUAGCCUCCUUCUGACUGCCUUCCAGAUCUCUGUCCAAGAACUCUGCGUCUUUUGCCUGUCUUGUAGUCUUAUUGCGACAAAUCGCCAGUCGCUGCAUAAAGGUGGCCAAGACUCCAGUAUUGUCUGAUUUGGAAAGAUACAAAAAUCAUCGGACGCAGCCCUGUCUGGAUGGUGGUUUCAGCUGCUGUUAAAUGAUCCGAGUACUUUGUUUCAAGCAUACAGAAGCCUUUAUGAUGUUAGCAUAUAACAUUCAAUACCAAUCAAAUCUAUUUUUGUAACAACAGUAUUAGAAAAUUGCUAAUUUGAUGGAAUAUUAGCAGUUAUAUCAAAGAUUAGAUUUUUCGUAAGUAGUAGAAUCUAGCUGCUGACAGUGUUUUUGAUGUUUGCACAUCACAAUAACAUCAAAUGCAGUCAGUCCGUGUUGGAUUAGUAUUUGAGUUAACCAAAGGUACCAGUUCCAUUUAAAGACUAUUUUUAUCAGCGUAGCUUAAAUUGUUAAAUCCAAGAGGUUCCUAGCUGAGCACCUUCUGAUCGUAUCAAUAUUCCAUAUUCCAUUUUUGAUUUCCCACUAACUUGAGAUCAUUUCCUUUUCAAUUAAUCAGCACACCCUGCAGAAUAAUAGAAGACAGUUAAAAACAUAAUUCAUAAAUAUCCUAAUACAUCAUGAUCCUUUGCACCAUUUACAAAAGGUCUUCUAAGCUGGAUGUUCUUCCAUAGAGUAGCACUUGAUGAUUACUUAAUCCAUCUUGCUCAGCCAUUGCAGUUAAUUUUCAGUUAUCAACAAAGGUGUGGGUAGUAUUUGAUCAGGACAGUAGAACCAGUGCUGGAUUUGUAACCGAGCAACUGCCCCAGGGGCCCCAUGUUUAUUGUGAGCCUGUUUCCUACCUUGUAUUAACAUGUAAUCUGUAUUCGGAUAUCUCAUGUGGACUAGGUAGAACACCUUAGUGGAAGGGUAAAUGCAAGCAGAACACAUCACAGUCUGAAUGCUUUUGGAUAGGCCUGAACUCAUCUGGAGGGCUAACUUGCACUGUGAUUAGAUCUUAGCCAGCAAAUUAAACAAUGCUUCAGGAGACCCUCGAGGGACCACUACAAUGAAAAAUAAGAUGAGAAGCACUUGGCUGACCUUUAUACAGUAUAAGUAACAUUAGCCUAGGUAGUAAGCCUGCAGAUGUCUUUAUCUGUCACAGGACCCUUGCUUUGUAUGUAGCGGUCCUUCAUAGAGUAUUCCCCAUCAUUUCUCUUGGCCGGAGUUGUUGUUUGUUGACAGCCUAUUGAAUUUGCAUAUCAAGAUCCAAUCUCGAUGCGGGCAGAAUCAAGAUAACAAA